CGUCAAGAUAGAAUCAGUCAGAGUGCGUAACAGUAAAUGUAAAUCAUAGAUAAAGAAUGUUUACAUAAUUUUGAUAGGUUGGUACACAUAGUAAUCGAUAAACCGACGUUUACCGAUUAAUCCGGUUUAUUCCCAACGCUAGCCAUAUCCGAUGAUUUGUAUAAAAUGGCGUCAGCCGAGUUUUUAGAGCAAGCUUUGUCCACAAACGUUGAUGAGAACGCCGUUAACGCGAUUGUAGGGUCAUUAGAAAAUCAGUUAGUCACGCCCGUUCCAUCACAAUCCUCUCAUACCAGUUUCGUAAAUGUUAUACCGUCUCAAAAUUGUAAUAUAACUUCAAACGCGGGCUCUAUUAUAAGUGGACAAAAAUAUGUUACGGACCAAAUAAAUUCUGGUGGUAUAGUGAACAGUAUUCAUUCUAAUAUUGUAUCGAACUCAAGUGCAUCGUUUAAUAAUGUGCAAGCAUCAACACAACCAACAUUUACAUCUCUUUCAUUGAGUGGUGGUGCUCCUCUUUCCAAUGAGACAUUGAAGGUGAUAUACUCACAAGCACAACACCUGAGCAACCCUCACAGCAGCGUGACGUUACCAGUUCAGUCUUUGGCAAGCGGGCCAUCGCAGAGCCAGAUAUUACACGCAGUGUCGACAGGCGGCGUGCUACCCCAGCAAGGCAACAAAACUAUCGCCAUGCAGCCUCCACUCGUGAUAAAGCAGGGCACAAAUACUGGCCAAGUGGGUAUGCAGCCUGGAAUGGUGACUGUCCCAAUGACUGUGAACUCUAGCAUGCCUGCUUCAAUACCUAAUGUGAUGACACUGAACAAGCCUGGAGGGCAGAACGUUGUAGUGACCACACAGAAUCUAGGCUCCGCGCAGCCUACUAUCAUCCCCAAUGUCCAAAUAUUAAACAUGAGACCUGGAGCGCCCGCAGUGGCUGCUCAGAAGUCAGUAGCGACAGUAUCACCCAGAGUGGUGAUUGGUACGCCUCAAGUUGUUGGUACGAGAGCAACUGCUCCAAUAACGCUGCAAACUCUGCAGAGUCUUCAACCGGGGCAGCAGGGUCAUUUGUUGUUAAAGACUGAGAAUGGUCAAUACCAGCUGCUGAGGGUGGGCCACGCGCCCGCGGCCAGCACUCUCACGGCGCCGCAGGCUCAGACCAUCCGGCUGUCGACCGUGCCGGCACACCCUGGCGUGGCCACAGUGUCCACAAGCGUGGCGGCACCUGGCCCCAUUCCGGGACAGAUGCCGGCGCCGCCGAUUGCUGCGCCUGUGGUCGCAUCGGCGCCAAGUGUUACGGUGUCUACAACUCCGCCGCAGCAGCCCAGUACCACCACACAUAUUAAACCGUCAGACAAUACCAAAGAGAAAUGUCGGAACUUCCUAGCAAAUCUUCUGGACUUGUCCAGCAAGGAGCCACCAUCCGUGGAGAUGAAUGUGAGGAACCUGAUCCAGGAGCUGAUUGAUGCCCAGGUCGAGCCCGAGGAGUUCUGUGAUAGACUUGAACGUCUACUCAACGCCAGCCCACAACCAUGCCUCAUUGGAUUUCUGAAGAAAAGUUUGCCGCUGCUCCGUCAGUCUCUUGUGACGAAGGAGUUGGUGAUCGAAGGCAUCAACCCUCCAGCGCCGCACGUGGCCUUCUCAACCAUACCAGCACCAACUCAACCCGUCAUCGCUACCUCCAACAUCCAGAUGCCGCGCGACGAGGAUAGCUCGAGCCCCACUCUGACGCCUCUCCUGCCGCCGGUGUUACCUCUAACACUGGCGAGCCCCCUCGUCACCUCCACAAAGUCGCUUAACGUUGUACCUGCGCCGUCUACCUCUACGUCUGCGCAGAAGCCGACCCAGAAGCCUGGCGGCUCUAUAGCCGUGCUGCAGAACAUUCCUCUCCAUACGAAGAUCAAUGUGAACAAGGUGGGCAAGGCGAUGACAGUGAACAGCAAGGCCAACUUCCCGCGCUCGUCUGUGCCCUCCGCCGCGCUCUCCACCGUCCUCACCCCCGGCAAAUCCUUGCUCAAAGACAAAGAGAAGAAGUCUUCGGGACAAUUCUCGCAACCGUUUGUUGACGACAAGAUGGCGGGCGACGAUGACAUCAACGAUGUGGCUGCUAUGGGAGGCGUCAACUUGGCAGAGGAAUCUCAGAGGAUCCUCGGCUCCACGGAAAUGAUCGGGACCCAGAUUCGGUCAUGUAAGGAGGAAUAUUUAGUACCGACAAGCUUGAUGCAGGCGCGAAUUAAAGCGAUAACUUCAAAGCACGGCAUGGAGGAAUCGCCACCAGAAGUAGCCAACAUCAUCAGCCAUGCAGUACAAGAAAGGCUCAAGACCAUUGUGGAGAAACUUGCCACGAUCGCACAACACAGAAUUGAUUUAAUAAUAAAGACUGACAACCGCUAUGAAGUGACACAAGACGUGAAAGGCCAGCUCAAAUUCCUAGAAGAACUGGAUCGUGUCGAUAAGAAAAGACGCGAGGAUUCUGAGAGAGAAAUGCUAUUACGAGCUGCAAAGUCUAGGUCUAAAAAUGAGGACCCGGAGCAGGCCAAACUGAAGGCCAAAGCGAAAGAGAUGCAGAGAGCUGAGUUGGAAGAGCUUAGGCAGCGUGAGGCUAACUUGACGGCGCUGCAGGCCAUCGGGCCUAGAAAGAAGGCGAGGCUCGACAUGCCCGGAGGAUCAGGAGACUCCAUUUCUAACGGCUCCGGACACAAUAGUAGCUCAGGAGUCUCUGGGCGCAGUCAGAUGGCUCUGCGAACGAGGCUGAAGCGCAUCAACCUUCGCGACAUGAUCUGCCUGAUGGAACAGGAACGAGACACGAGUCGCUCCCUCAUGCUGUACAAGAGCUACCUCAAAUAGCGCUGCCGAGCUCGUCACCGACUGAAUCUAAUGCCGCGUCCGCGAAUCAUCCAUUUGUAAAUGCGCACAUCAUUCAUAAAUGUAUGACAACUAUCAGCGUUACUGAACGAGUAGUGGUGCAACCACAUCACCACGUUGUUUGCUUCCGUUCCAUGAAUUUGGCAAGCAAGUGAAAAAUGUUUGCGCAAACAAGGGUACAGGUUUUUAUAUAAAUCCUAUCCAAACCAGAUAUGGUUUCGAAAGUUGAGUAUUAAUUACGUGGUGAAGAAAAGGACCAGCGGAGAUGUCAUAACGCAAACUCUCCUAAGAAAGUUAUCCCUCAACGUUUUUAAUUAGUAUUUUCAUAAUAAAUUAUGUUAUAAUAUGGAAUAAAUUAUGUAUUUUGAGCCAAUUGUUGCAUGCUAUUUUAUCUACUGUCAUUCUAUGGUCUUUUAUCAUGUUCUUCCUGCAGUUUUUAUUGUUGAUGAUCUGAUCUUGUAUCGCAAUAAAAUUAUUUUUAAUUAGUUUCUGGGAGUAAAUUAUGUAUUUUGAGCCAUUUGUUGAAUGAUAUUUUAUCUAUAUGUGACUGUUUUAGGUCAUGAAGGUGUUGUCUGUGCAGCACCUUCUUCUUCCAGUCUCUUAUCUUCUGUGUUUGUCAGUCAGUAGUGUUGUUGUGUUGUAUGUCUGUCUGUUCGUGUAGGUUGAGUAGUGUAUAGUUAUGGUCAUUUGCAGCUAUUUUGGGAAUUUUGCAUGUAUGUGUCUCUCCCUUCAUUUUUUAUACGUUUGAUGGUAAGCCUUGCUACUGCUGUUUAUUUUUAUUCUUUUUAUGAAAGUAGCGCACCAAAAUGAGGGUGUUUGGGGACGAGCAACGUAACUUGCUAGUUUCAUAAUUUGACAGAUGGGUUUUGAUAUGAAAAGGAACUCAAACUGUAACUGAUCAUGCCUACCGUAUGUUACUUGACCUAAAAAAGGCGCCUGACCUGCCUGCCUCAUGGCACCUCCGCUAUAAUUCCUCCUUAAUUAAUUAUAAGCUUUGUAAAUAGUGUAAAGAUUCAGCUUAUUUUAGUAUUUUAAAAUGUAUAAUAAUAUAUUUAUUUUUUAAAAUUGUAUAAAUUUAGAAUUAUAAAUUAGUAUAAUUGAAUUGUAUAAUAUUGAUUUCUUUUAACAAAAUUAAGAGUGAGUGAAUUGAGUGUUAAAUUUCAUUUCGGAGUGAAUUGUUAUACCCAGAUCAACUUAAAAUUUGGUUAUCCAUUUAAUUUGUUUUUUUUACGUACCUACUUGAUGACAGCAGUGUCACGGUGUAAUACUGAAUAUCUAUAAGACAAUAGUAAAAUAUUCUAUAGAACUGUUUGUUCUGUAUCUUGAGUUAGUUAUUUUUUAGAUUAUUUGUUGUAUCGUCAGAUAAUGUUAACUAAUGUAACAGAAAUAUAAUGAUAAUACAUGUGUUAGUGAUAAUGUUAAUGUUAUUAGUUAAAUCUUAUUAAACAGUUUUAAAUAUUGUUCAUCUGCUUUCUUCCGUGAACAAAGGGUGACAACUGUAUUUAGUUAAUUAGAAAAUAUUUUCACCAUACAUACAUAGUAACUAAGUUAUUGGUUAUAUAGUAUGUAAGUUAAGACUAAUCGUACCAAUGUUAUAAUUAACAUACAAAUGAUUAUCAUGAUGCUGUAAUUAUGAAAAAUCUAUAUAUUAUAUAUAAAUAUAUAAUAGAAAGUCAUGUUAGUUACACUGUUUAUAACUCAAGAAUGCCUGAACCGUUUUAGCUGAAAUUUUGUGGGGAUUUAGUUUUUGUGAUAAAAUUAGUUUUAGUUACCUCGUGGCGGGUAUUUCACCACGAAAGAAAUCAAUUCUAUUUAAUACAAUAAUGAAUAAAAUAAUAUUUAUAUUGUACUUUAA